CGGUCCUUGGCGACUCCACGCCACUCGGCGGCGCUAACGCACCAUCUCCUUCACAAGGCGCGAGGAAAUAUCAAGACGAAGGAGAGCGCCGACAGCAGACUGAACACUGCAGUACAUGCGACCGUACAACAGCCCCUCAGCCUCUGUUCAUUUUUCCCCCCUCUCCAACGCCAGCGACGACGCGGAGGAAAACAGUCACCUUUUGUUUUGAAGUGAAGUGGCCGAAAGAUCCCAACGUAUCCGGAAACCUGAACUUUCUGUUGCGACACGAACCCAGGCACGGCGUGUGGUGUUUUUAGACAGCAAAGGAUUGGCCAAUAAAAGAGCUUUCCCCUCGACUACUCAGUGAAACGCACUGGAGCUUUUAGCUUACAGCAGUGGUCCCUGAACGUCUGCUGGCAGGUCUUAUUUUGCGGAUAAAGGUUUUCUUGGAUCACAGACUUCACAACAGAGCUAAAGGUGCAGCGGGGGCGAGGCUGCUCUCAGGUCAGAACAAACCUGCGGCCAUGGAUGUGGAUGAGGAGGAGAAUAUGAGUUCGAGCAGCACCGAUGUUAAGGAAAACCGAAACCUGGACAACGUGUCCUGCAAAGACGGGAUGGGAGUAGCUGAACAGCUCCCCAAUGGAAGCGGCCUGGGCAGUCGCAAGCGCCCCUUAGAGGAGGGAAGCAAUGGGCACACACACUCCAAGUUCCGGGCCAAGAAGCGCAAGAAAACGCCUGGUCCGGUCCUGCCCAAGAACGCUCUGAUGCAGUUGAACGAAAUCAAACCGGGUCUGCAGUACAAACUGCUGUCUCAGACGGGACCAGUCCAUGCACCGGUUUUUGUCAUGACAGUGGAGGUCAAUGGACAGAUGUUCGAGGGCAUGGGCCCGACUAAGAAGAAGGCGAAACUUAAUGCAGCGGAGAAAGCGCUGCGUUCCUUCGUCCAGUUCCCCAAUGCCUCCGAGGCGCACCUGGCCAUGGGUCGGACGCUGACAGUGAACACAGACUUUACAUCUGACCAAGCUGACUUCCCAGACAUGCUCUUCAAUGGCUUCGAGACCCCAGCCGCACCUGAAGAAUCCUUCUACCUAGGCUCCAAUGGUACCAGCUCCUUAAACUCACUAGGGGAGUACCCGCUCCCCACACCGCCUGGCAGCAACCUCGUCCAGGCCCCAUUGCCCCCUCCGUCGACAUUCAGCUCGCCCUCCAGUGGCAAAAACCCAGUCAUGAUCCUCAAUGAGCUCAGGCCAGGUCUCAAAUAUGACUUUGUCUCAGAGAGCGGCGAGAGCCACGCAAAGAAUUUUGUGAUGUCAGUAACGGUGGACGCACAGACGUUUGAAGGCUCAGGGCGCAACAAGAAGCUGGCCAAAGCCCGGGCAGCGCAGGCGGCGCUUUCAGCUCUCUUCAACAUGCAGCUCGACCAGACACCAUCCCGGCAACCCAUACCAAGCGAGGGAUUGCAGCUUCACCUACCCCAGGUUCUGGCUGAUGCAGUUUCACGCCUGGUGGUGGAUAAGUUCAGUGAGCUGACAGAAAACUUCACCUCCCCCCAUGCACGACGGAAAGUCCUAGCAGGAGUCGUUAUGACAACAGGGACAGAUGUGAAGGAAGCACAGGUAAUUUGCGUCUCCACGGGAACCAAAUGCAUCAACGGCGAGUACAUGAGCGACCGCGGCCUGGCACUCAACGACUGCCACGCUGAGAUAAUCGCCCGACGCUCACUCAUCAGGUACCUCUACACCCAGCUGGAGUGCUUCCUCAGCAAGGAGGACCACCAGAAGUCGAUAUUCGUGGCGUGUGACAAGGGAGGCUACAGGUUAAAGGAAAACGUUCAGUUCCACCUCUACAUCAGCACCUCGCCCUGCGGAGAUGCCCGGAUCUUCUCCCCCCACGAGGCCGGAGUCGAAGACCAAGGAGACAGACAUCCCAACCGGAAAGCACGGGGCCAGUUGAGGACCAAAAUAGAGUCGGGGGAGGGCACCAUCCCUGUGAGGUCCAGCAACACCAUCCAGACCUGGGACGGGGUUCUGCAGGGGGAGAGGUUACUCACCAUGUCCUGCAGUGACAAGAUCGCAAGGUGGAAUGUGGUGGGCAUCCAGGGCUCUUUGAUGAGCUACUUCACAGAGCCAAUCUAUUUCUCCAGCAUCAUCCUUGGCAGCCUUUACCAUGCCGACCACCUCUCCAGGGCCAUGUACCAGCGCAUCGCAGAUAUCGAGGACCUGCCCCAGCAGUUCACUCUCAACAGGCCUCUACUCAGUGGUAUUAGUAAUGCAGAGGCCAGGCAGCCAGGCAAGGCGCCCAACUUCAGCGUGAACUGGACGGUGGGGGAUCUGGCCCUGGAGGUGAUCAAUGCGACUACAGGCAAGGACGACAUGGGCCGCGCUUCACGUCUCUGCAAGCACGCCCUCUACAGCCGCUGGGUGCGCCUACACUCCAAGCUGUCCUCCAUCUUGUGGGUCAAGGUGCUGAAGCCCAGCUCCUACCACGAUGCCAAGCAGGCGGCCACAGAGUACCACUCUGCCAAGCAGGUGCUCAUCAAGGCCUUCCACAAGGCCGGCCUGGGGGCCUGGGUCAAGAAGCCCAGUGAGCAAGACCAGUUCACCCUCUGCUCCUGAGGGAGUCUAGGGACCAAGGGAUUCCUAAACCCCCACACACACACACACACACACACACACACACACACACACACACACACACACACACACACACACACACACACACACACACACACACACACACACACACACACACUCCUUCUGCCCCUGACCCAGGCCUAAAAGCAAGAGAGCCCCCUAUUAAAGAACCAGCCCACAGAGACACUUACCUCCGUCCCAUGUGUUGGCACGUUCUGCACUGUGGAAAUAAACGUGCUUAGUUAUUCACAAACCAUCCAUAGCUUAUCAUUCCUCAGAGGACCUCGGCCUCGCCAUGUCUUUUCUCAUCAUUAUGAUUUUUGUCCUUUUAUUUGUUUUUAAUGGAUGGUGUGAUUUUUCAUCUGCUUGUUUUGUGUUUUAAAACUGGAAUCCAUGUUUUUAUGCCGUAGAUGUUGGAGUUGAAAUUAUGCAGUUUUUAAUCUAUUUCUUGGAUCAACGAGUGUAGCGAGUUUAAGGUGAAAUGUAGCCUAUAAGACACAGGGGAGGGAAGAAAAAAAAAACAAUGUGUAUGGACCUGGGGAAAAAAAGGAAAAAAGAAUGACUAUGACAAAGUUAUUUUAAAGAUGCGUAUAUUUUCAGGAUGUAAAUCUCGUGCUGAAAGGAAAGAGAACCUCAGAUCUAUAACAUUUUAAUGUGUGUCAUUUGGUCCGUUCCUUAGAUGAGACUACGUGUUCUUAGACCCUGUAUUAAAGAUGAAAAUGUUCCAAAAUAUUGUGGCCCUGUUUGAUUCACUGACUGGAAAGAACAAUACAGGCCAGAUUUCAUGAUUUAAGUACAUUUUUGUUCAGUUUUUAUGUCUCGUUCAUUAAU